AUGCGCCUCCCAUACGUCCCAAACCCUCCCCCAGCCAACACACCCGACGAAGCUAGAAUACUAGCUAGCGUGCAAGCCCGGAGGGCGCCCAACGACCUUCUCCCCCUUGACCUGGCCCUUCUGCACUCCUACCCUGUGGCAGAAGGCUGGAACUCAUUCAUCGGCGCAAUCCGCACACGGACAAGCCUCUCGACCGUCAUUCGCGAGCUAGCUAUCUGCCGGGUGGCAGUGGUCAACGGCGCACUAUUUGAAUGGGAGCAACAUGCACCCUUGCUGAAACAGGGAGGGCUGAGUGAAGAUGCAUUGAAGAUUGUUGGGGAUGCGCAGGCGGAUUUCUCGUCAUCAAUCUUGACGACCGAGCAGAGUGCUGUUUUGGCUUAUACAGAUGCUAUGACGAAGACAGUCACGGUUCCGGAGGAGGUAUUCGAGCAAUUGAGGGCUUGCUUUGACGAGAAGGAAGUUGUAGAGAUUACGGCUACGAUUGCAGCUUAUAAUUGUGUCUCGAGAUUUUUGGUUGCUUUGGAUGUUGGGGAGAAGAACCAUUGA